AGCCAUUUUGGCCCCACGGCGAACACUUCUCCCCUCGCGGCCGCGUCCCCGCCACAGCGGGCUGCCGCCGCCGAUGCCGCGGGCGCGCCGCCGAUGGAGCCGCUGAAGGCGCUCAUCCGCGAGCGGCUCCAUGCCUCGCCGGCCGUGGCCGGGCUCCUGGAGCAACGGCAGGAGCUGCGGGAGGACCCCGACGCGCUGCUGCGGGCGCUGGAGGAUCGGGGCAGGGCCUGGUCGAGGACAUCUUCACAUCCCUCGAGUCUUCUCUGCAGAAGAGCCAUGCGCCGGUCCAGGCCGCAGCAUCGAAGAAGAACAACAGCGGCACGCACAUACACUUUCGGCGCCCCGCGCGGACUUCUCAGAUCUGCGCCGAGCUCCCCCUUGGCGGUGCCCCCCUCGCGCCCGAGCUCCAGCGCCGACCCCACAAGUCCGCGCGGCUACCUCCGAAUGUGAGUGGCCAUGCCGCUUUUUUUGCUCCUCUGCCAGCAGCGCCCGUGGCCCCGCCGCCCUCGAGCGCGCCCGCGGCGGCAGCGCCGGCGCGCGGUGGCGCCGCGCUGUGGGCCCGCGCGGGAGGGCCCGGCUGGCGCCUGCGCCUGCACCUGCUGGAGGGCAGGGCCUUCCUGGACUACCUGGACGAGCGGGACGCGGCAGGCCGCGAGCUGCAGUGGCACGUGGCCUUUGGCGCCCAGCGCUGCCGCGGCCACGUCGUGCCUGCCACGGUGGACCCCAGGUUCGACGACACGCUCUUCCUGACGCUGCCGGGCGCGUCGCGCGCGGGCCUGCUCGAGGCAGGCGGCCGCACACCGGUGCACCUGGCGCUGGUGUGCCGCGGCGCGUCCGGCAUCGCCCGGACCCUUGGGACGCGGGCCCUGGCGCCCUGGUGUGCAGCCACUCGCUCGACUGGCGAAGCUGCCUCGCGGCGGCGGGGCCGAAGAGGCUCACGGUGGAGCUCCACGGCGUGGGCAAGCGCCACCAGCUCUCCGUCGGCGUGCUGCACGCCGAGGUCGAGCUGUCUCCCGCUGGCCCUCCGGAGGCCGUCGUCGCACACUCGGGCGUGGUGGCGCAGCUCCGCUCGGAGGAGCAGCGCCGCGAGGAGGUGAUGAGGCGCGUCUUCGAGGAGCUCGACAGGUGGUGGGCAGACUACCACGACCUGUACCGCUCGCGCCACGUCAGGUUGUUCGCCCAGACGGAGUGCCGCCUGUUCCUCCCGGUCACCUCCUUCGUGACGCCGCUGGAGGCUGGGCGGGCGAUCGACAGCCCGUACCACGCGCUGAGGUGGGUCGCGCUCCUCCCCACAGAGCCGACGGGGCCCGCCGACCUCGCGGAGCCGUGCUGGCACACGUUCCCGGCCCUGUGGGCGAGGGGGCACUGCACGCCCGAGGAGAAGGCACUCCUGCUGUGCAGCCUGCUGCUCGGCUGGUCCCUGGACGCCUGGUGCUGCCUCGGCACGGACACGAAGGGCCAGCCGCACGCCUGGGCGGUGGUUCGCGACCAGGGCGACGCGUCGACGCCAUCUGGCGUGGCCUGCUGGGAUCCACGAACCGCCUCCCGAGUCACGAUGGACGACCCGCGGUACCUCGCCGCGUACACCUCGAUCGACGCGGUCUUCAACCACCGGCGCCUCUACGUGUGCCACUCCGAGACGGCGGCGAGGGUGUCCUUCGACUUUGGCGACGCGCGUCUCUGGCUGGCGGUGCCGCUGGACGAGGAGGCCGUGGACCUGCUGAGGCUCUACCCGAUGGGGCCGCAGCCCCCGUACGCGGCGCUGAGGCCGCGCCUGUGGCCGCUGCCCGCCGAAGCCGAGGAGCUGGAGUGCGCCAUCGAGCAGCGCAUCAGCAUGGCCGUCCAGGCCCACCGCGAGGCCGCCGGACUGCCCACCCGCUUCGACGAGCACCUGGCGCAGCUGCUGCACGUGGUGCUCUCCGGCUGCGAGGCGGAGCGCUCGGGGUCGCAGCCCCGGGCGUCCCUCUUCGAGGCCAUCGCGCGCCGCGAGUGCGGGCCGCACGAGGUCCUCCAGGCGAUCCCCGUCCAGUUCAACCACCUCCGGCUGUCCUACUUCUGGCCUGCCCUCGUCGACCGCCCCAGCGUGCGGGAGCUGCUCGCCACGCCACCGCCCGCGGCGUCCUUCGCGGUGCGCGCGCGGGUGGUGCCCUUUCCCGAGGGCGUCGUGGCCGUGUGGGUGGUGCUCGCCGGCCGCGGGCGCCCCAGCUGAGGCCGCGGGCGGGACACCCAUCAGGGGAACAGAAAGUCCACGGCCUCCGGGCCGCGAGCCCUCGUGGAUGGGGG